UUCAUUCCAAGAAACUGCAGAAGAGAGAGAAGAAGAAGGAGAAGAAAGAAACCAGAGAGCGGCAACAUGCCGGGCCUGACGCUCGGCGACACCGUCCCGGACCUCGCCGUCGAGACCACCCACGGCAAGAUGAAGCUCCACGACUACAUCGGCGGCGCCUGGACCGUCCUCUUCUCUCACCCCGGGGAUUUCACGCCGGUGUGCACGACGGAGCUCGGGAAGAUGGCGGCGUACGCGCCGGAGUUCGAGCGGCGAGGGGUGAAGCUCCUGGGCUUGUCCUGCGACGAGGUCGAGUCGCACAAGGCGUGGAUCAAGGACAUAGAGGCCUUCACCCCUGGUGCUAAGGUGACGUACCCGAUAAUCGCCGACCCGAAUAGAGAGAUAAUCAAACAGCUCAACAUGGUCGAGCCCGAGGAGAAAGACGCCUCGGGGAAGCAAGUCCCUUCUAGAGCUCUGCACAUUGUCGGUCCUGAUAAGAAGAUCAAGCUGAGUUUUCUGUACCCGGCGAGCACGGGGAGGAACAUGGACGAGGUGGUGAGGGUGCUGGAAUCCCUGCAGAGGGCGACGAAGCACAAGAUCGCCACCCCGUGCAACUGGAAGCCGGGGGAGGCGGUUGUCAUCUCACCGUCCGUCUCCAACGAGCAGGCCAAGGAGAUGUUCCCGCAGGGCUACAAGACCGCCAAUCUCCCGUCCAAGAAGGAUUACCUCCGCUUCACUCAUGUUGAUUAGCUCCGUCUGCUCCAGUCUUCGGCCCGCCUUUGUUGCUCAGCGACAUGUUAAUAAUAUGUGUCUUAGUUUUACUCCUGUGUCUGUGCAGCCUGCCUUUUGUACGGUGAGAGCUUGUGCAUGAACAUGGAUAUGGAGACUGUGAAAACCUGUUAUGUUGGCUUUGGGAGAGAUGACUGGGCCUGUGCAGUCAUGCGGUAAAGGCCUGUCGUUAAGACAUGGAUUUCCUUGUCGUGUUUACUUCCAACAAGCUCUUCCUUUGUUUCGCACUGACAU